GCAACUGGCUGAGCCAUUGGCGAAAAUGUCCCUUAUUUCCGGAAUAUCCUCAGGGACUCCUGAGGUUUGAACACAUACCUGCUUUAUUUUGUCUCUGCUUUCUUCAUGAGAAAUUGAGAACCACAGUAUAACUCACUUCAACAAUCAACAACAACUGAAACUGAAGGAGAAGCGUGAAAGAAAUUGUAGAAACUCUAAUUCCUGGCAGUUAUCCCCGCUGCAGGCUGCCAUCAUGACAGCCCAGUGGGACUGGCUGUGGGACUGCGCUGCCCUGCAGUACCUGAGGUCGGUCUCCGACACGUCCAUCCUGUAUGCUGUCAUCGCCUUUUCCGUGGUCAUCUUUGUCUGGGAGGAGUACCUGGCCGUCAGGCAGCGGAACGUGCUGAAGACGGUGCAGAACGUGCCGGAUGAUCUGGACGGCGCCAUCACCCAGGAGACGUUCGAGAAGGCCCGGCUCUACCAGCUGGACAAGAGCAUGUUCGAGUCGUGCCGAAACCUGUUCGAGAUCCUCUUCAACACGGCCUGUCUGCUGAUGUUUGUGAUGCCGCUGAUGUGGAGCCUGUCGGGUCACACCCUGCGCUGGGCCGGCCUCAGUGGCGAAAUCACACAGAGCAUGGUGUUCAUGUUCUACACGAGUGUCGUCUCCACGGUAAUCGGCCUGCCCUGGUCACUCUACUCCACGUUUGCGGUGGAGCAGCGGCACGGAUUCAACAAACAGACGCUGGGCUUUUUCAUCAAGGACAAGCUGAAGGCGUUCGUGGUGAAUCAGGUGAUCAGUCUGCCGAUCGUGGCCAUGAUCGUGUACAUCGUGCAGGCCGGCGGCGACUACUUCUUCCUCUACCUGUGGGCCUUCUGCUUCGUGGUGCUGCUCUUCCUGAUGACCAUCUACCCCGAGUUCAUCGCCCCGCUGUUCGACAAGUACACGCCGCUGCCGGAGGGAGAGCUCAGGGACAUGAUCGAGGCUCUGGCCGCCAAGCUGCACUUUCCGCUGAAGAAGCUGUACGUCGUGGAAGGCUCCAAGCGUUCGGCGCACAGCAACGCCUACUUCUACGGCUUCUUCAACAACAAGCGGAUCGUGUUGUUCGACACGCUGCUGCAGGACUGGGAGAGCAAGACUGCUGACUCUGAGCGGGAGAAGGAGGACGGCGCCGCGGCCGGGAAGGAGGCCGACUCCGGAGAUAGUGCCGGCUCGGAGAACAAGGACUCGACCGAGAAGGAGGCAGCAGUGAAGAAGGGCUGCAGUAACCUGGAGGUGGUGGCUGUACUCAGUCACGAGCUGGGACACUGGAGCAUGAAUCACGUCUUCAAAAACAUCGUCCUCAUUCAGCUGAACCUGCUGUUGACGUUCGCCGUGUUCGCUGGCCUGUACCGGUAUGCGCCGCUGUAUCGGGCCUUCGGCUUCACGACCGAUCAGCCGGUGCUCUGCGGCCUGGUCAUCAUCCUGCAGUACGUGUUCGCGCCCUACAGCACCCUCUUCACCGUGCUGGCCACCGGCAUGUCUCGGCGCUUCGAGUUCCAGGCUGACCAGUUCGGAAAGGCGCUAGGGUACGCUGCUCUGCUGAAGGCUGCGCUGAUCAAACUGACCUCGGACAACCUGAGUUUCCCGGUGUACGACCGACUGUACUCGGCGUGGCACCACUCGCACCCGCCGCUGCUGCAGCGACUCGCGGCGCUACAGAAGGUCGACUGAGGUCACGGUUAGGGGGUGAACUGUAGGGGAUGGACAGAGGGCAGCAGUGCGGGGGGGGGGCGUCUGAGCUGCUAAGACAGGGGUAGGCUCGGUUCGUCUGCCUGCUCCAGGGAAGACUGCUCACAGGGGUGGGGUAGCGGAAUUACAUAGGUGAGGUCAGUUGCCAUGGUGCUGAUCGUUGUCCGGUGCGACGAUCAGCUCCCGUUGGGGAAGGGGAGGGGUGUGUUGAGGGAGGGGGCCGUGAGUCUGUGUCGUGAGAUUCCGUGAGUCUGUGUCGCGAGGGAGGUGUGCCGUGAGUCUGUGACGCACGGUCCUUUAGCCGGGAUCGACUGGUGAGGGGCCAGCACUGGGAGGGAUGGGUGGGGAGGAGGUGCGGGUUGUUGUGAUAUUUGUGGUUGAUGUUCGGCCGUUCAGACCGAUUGGGACAGGUGUUCUAUCUGUUCUGUGGAGCGUGCUCCAUCUACAGACGUUCGGUCAUUUCUGUGGAGCCGGUUCCAUAUGAAUGUGUUCUGUCAAUGUUGUGAAGGCAGGUCCAUAUAUGCCGCACAAUACACGUUCUUUCACAUUUA